AUGCUCGAGCUGCUCCCCGGCAAUGGAUCGUCAGCGCUGGAAAACUACACCGCCUCCUUGGCAGACCUAUUUGCCACGGAGCAGCCGGUGGCACUGCUGGGAAAUGCUUCGCUGGCCAUCGGAGCCGUGUACGCCGCCUCAUCCCAGCAUCUGCAGCAACAGCACCCUAACACAACGUCCGAUGCGACGCUGGCCCCGACUUCGGGGUUGCAUCCAGCGAUCCACCAGCUGUCGAGCGGGCUGGCCACGCUCACCACCGACCUGCUAGGCCACUCCGGCGGUCUGGUGCUGGCGCGCGAGGAGUGUGACCAGCUCAACAUCAGCUACGCCUUCGACAACGGCAGUGCGCUGGCGGUGCCGGGCCUCAGCUGCUUCGAGCACGCGCCCACGCUCUCCCGGUCGGGCGUCAUCCGCGUGAUCGUCCUGUCGGCCAUGGCCAUCGUGUCGCUGCUCGGCAACGUCGCCACCAUGUGGAACAUACAGAAGAACCGGAAGUCGCGGCGCGUGACGCGCCACAACUGGAGCGCCAUCUACUCGCUCAUCUUCCACCUGUCGAUCGCGGACGUCCUGGUGACGGGCUUCUGCAUCAUCGGCGAGGCGGCCUGGUACUACACCGUCGACUGGGUCGCCGGCAACCUGAUCUGCAAGCUGUUCAAGCUGUGCCAGAUGUUCAGCCUGUACCUGUCGACCUACGUGCUGGUGCUGGUCGGCGUGGACCGCUGGGUCGCCGUCAAGUACCCGAUGAAGUCGCUCAACACCGCCCGCCGUUGCCAUCGGUUCCUGUUCGUGGCCUAUCUGCUCUCCUUCGUGCUCAGUCUGCCGCAGUGGAUGAUAUUCCGGGUGGCGAAGGGACCAUUCGUGGAGGACUUCUACCAGUGCGUAACGCACGGUUUCUACACCGACCGGUGGCAGGAGCAGCUCUACACGACUUUUACGCUCGUGUUUAUGUUCAUCAUUCCGCUGCUGAUAUUAAUCGGCACCUAUUUAUCAACGUUUAUGACGAUCUCGAGCAGUGAGAAAAUCUUCCGCAUCGACACGUCGGCCGUCGACCGGACGACGUACUACCGGCGCUCGGACACCAACCGGCAGCGGCUGAUACACAAGGCCAAAAUGAAAUCGCUCCGAAUAUCGGUCGUCAUCGUGGUGGCAUUCAUCGUGUGCUGGACACCGUACUACAUCAUGAUGCUGAUAUUCAUGUUCCUAAAUCCGACCGAACGCUUUGGCGAGGACCUCCAGUCGGGCAUAUUCUUCUUCGGUAUGUCGAACAGUCUGAUCAAUCCCCUGAUCUACGGUGCAUUCCACCUGGUGCCGAUACGGCAGCGGCGCAAUCAGUACAAUCAACAUGUAAGGGAAGGCUCGGUGUACUUGCAGCGUUCGUCCACCUUCAACCACCACAAUGGCCACCAGCGGAAUCUCAAUCCGCACAUCAAGUUUUCCAACUCGCACUCGAACCUGCCGGAGGAAAUCUCGCUGAUGUCGCUGGAAAAGGAUCUGCGCAGUUUGGAUGAGAACGUCAACCAGAUCCACCAGAAGGGCACCGGGCGGGCAGUCAAGCGGCGCAGCUUCACCAGCAAGUUCCUAUCGUUCUCCCGGCUCUUCCAUCGGAACCAUCCCACUAAGCUUUAA